UUAGGUUGCGCGAAGGCUGCAGUUUCAGUUUGUUUUAUUCACCAUUUUGAGUAGCUGAAGGUAAAAUUUGAACUAAAUACUUUCGUAGAGCAGGAAUAUUUCCCGCAUCGUUUAAUUUUUACCGCAGGGAGAGUGCGUUGGUUUUGCGACGUCACCCUCGUGUGUUUUAAAAUACCACAUUUUGUUUGCUUUUUCUUUUGCUCUUUCACAAUUUUAACCUCUACAGUAUUCCUGCAAAAUGGCAAGACCAGUGAGGAACAGAAAGGUGGUGAAUUACUCCCAGUUUGAAUCUGAUGACGCAGAUGAGGACUAUGGGAGAGAAAAGGAAACAACCAAGAAGAUACGUGCUCCACCUCGCGAAAUCAAGCACAAGAAAUCUAAGAAUUCGCAGGAAGAGAGCGAGGAUUCCGAAGAAAAACUCUCCAAAUCCAAAAAUGAUUCUGCAGAUGACUUCGGUAGCGAUGAAGACAACGACUUUGGAGAGGAAGAGGGAGACGAAGAUGGAGGAAGUGACUAUGAUGAUAAAAAGGCCAAGAAGGGAAAGAAAGGAAAGGCGGAGAAGCCAGGCAAAAAGUCACUGAAGAGGAAACGAGGUGGAGAUGAUAGUGAUGAUGAUAAAGAGGUGAGCAGGAAACCGAGGCAGGUGAGGCAGGCUGCGUCAAAGGCCGUGUCCAAACAGAGAGAAAUCCUUCUGGGAGACGGAGGCAGUGAGGAUGAGGACAAAGAUGAGGAAAAACAACCAUACCUGGACCAAGAGUCAGGCAGUGAUGAAGACUUCAUGGUUGAUGAUGAUGAUGACAGCGACUAUGGGCGCUCCAAAAAGAAAGGCAAAAAAGUAGUGCAGAGAGGAGGAAGGAGAGUGGAGAAGAAGGACAAGAAGUCCCCUAAACCCCGGCUAAAGGCCACAGUGAACCCUAGCCCCAUGAAAGGCAAAGGGAAAGGUCGCCCGAGUGCAGCUAAAGCAGUGGAGAAAUCCUCGCCCAAAGACGACGACGAACCCGAGAGCCCCCUUGAAGACGAGGAGGAAGAAGAGGUGGAGAAGAAAGAGUCUCCUCCAUCCAAAAAGACAAAGGAUGACGCCCCUGAAGACGAGGAAGAAGACGAGGAAGAGGACGGCUCAGAAGAGGAGGCUCCAUCUGGGGAAGACUAGCCAUGUUAUUCACGUCGUCCCUUUCUUCUUCUAUUUCCCUUUACACUCUUUCCUUUUUUGCUUUUUUUUGUUGUUUUUUUUGGGGUUUGUUUGCUUUUCAGAUUUGUUUCAGUGUCUUUUGUGGCCUGGCUCAACGGUUUGAACUUUUCUUUUCUUUUCGUUUACCUAUAAUUUCCAUAUCGCAAAAGGACGUUUUCCCAGAAAUUGUGAGCAUAUAUAUCUAUAUAUAUUAUUCCGUAAAAUGUGUCUGCAUCUGUUUAUUUAUGGGUAUAUAAUCUCGAGGGAAGCCCAUCGUUCCAACCAGUAGCUUCGCUGCUCGCCCGGGGUAAUCACAAAAAAAAAAAAAAAGCUUUUGCGCUCGUUCAUUUCAG